AGGCAGGAGUUUCCCCGACAGCUGGAGGCUGCGUGGGAUCCGGCGGCGGCUCCGAGCUCAGCGGUGCGGCCUUCCCCGCCCCCUCUCUCCCUCCUCCCCCGCCCGUUUCCGCCCGGCUUAUUAUCCUUCUUAUUGACAAACAGCAGCGGCGAUUCUCCGCGUGCAUCUGUAGCCAAGCCAUGGGAGACAAGAAGAGCCCCACCAGGCCGAAGCGACAGCCGAAGCCGUCCUCAGAUGAGGGUUACUGGGACUGUAGCGUCUGCACCUUCCGGAAUAGUGCCGAGGCCUUCAAGUGCAUGAUGUGCGAUGUGCGGAAGGGCACCUCCACCCGAUCCACAUUCUUUGAAGUUAUUGUGAAUGCCUUGAGGACCAAGGAACCGUUGAAAUUUCCAAUUUCAGGAAGGAAGCCUCGGCCCGUCUCCCAGUUGGUUGCACAGCAGGUUACUCAGCAGUUUGUGCCCCCUACACAGUCAAAGAAAGAGAAAAAAGAUAAAGUAGAAAAAGAAAAAAGUGAAAAGGAAACAACUAGCAAAAAGAACAGUCAUAAGAAAACCAGGCCAAGAUUGAAAAAUGUGGAUCGGAGUAGUGCUCAGCAUUUGGAAGUUACCGUUGGAGAUCUGACAGUGAUUAUUACAGACUUUAAGGAGAAAACGAAGUCCCCGCCUGCAUCUAGUGCUGCUUCUGGAGAUCAGCACAGUCAGAGUGGCUCUAGCUCUGAUAACACAGAGAGGGGAAUGUCCAGGUCAUCUUCACCCAGAGGAGAAGCCUCAUCAUUGAAUGGAGAAUCUCAUUAAAGUUUAUUUUCUCCAGUUUCUUAGUCACUUCUAUCAUACCAUGCAAGUACACAGAUUAUGCCAAUAUUACCACAUUUUCAUGACAGACAUACUCAUGCACAAUCCAUAAUUUGCGUUUUACAUAAAAUAGAAAUUUGUUAGAAUUUGUUAGAUUUUAUUGCAAUCUGUGCCUACCAGACAUUUCCAGACUUCAACAUUUUGGUCUCCACAGUUAAAGGUGCCAUGAAAAUGUGUUUGAAUUAUUCAUUAUUGCAGUGUUAUUGGUAAGUCUGUUUUCACUUUUAGUUUAGUGAAUUCUAACACAUAAAUCUUGAAUUCUCUACUAUUGGCAUGUAACGAAUUUAAAUUUUUAUAACAUAGUGCAAGCUGCCUAAAUAUGUAUUAUUUGAGAAUUGUGAAACAAAUAGUUAUAUGUAUACAAGUCAAAGAUCAACUUAAUCAGCUAUUGCUGCAACAAGAUUUUCUUAAUGGUUAUCCUCUUAAUACACCUGCUGGUACUUGGUGUGGUUAAAUAGGAAAAUUGUUAUUAAAUAAAGAAUUUGUAUGAACCAUUGCCAAUGUUUUUGACACAUUUUACUAAAUUAUUAUUCCUGAAUUAUAUUUCUGGUUUUAUCUUUUUUUCCUUAUCUUUUAAAACAUUCAUUUAUUGUAAUGUUUACUCUCAGAUAAGUAAACAAUAAAACAUUGAUUAUUUAGCUUUAUAAUUCAGGUUUAGUGCUAUUGUCAUUGAACACUGGUAUUUUCUGUAUUAUAUAAAAAAUUAAAAUUCAAGUAAUUAUAAGCAUUUGGCCAAUGCAGAAGAGAAAAGAAACCUGCCAUAUUUUAAAAGCUGUAAUUUUGGAAAAGCUUUAACUUAAUAGUUCUAUCACUGUUUCCUUGCUCCAAACUUUAUCCAGGGUUAUAGAGGUAUGAAUCUAAUUAAUACAGAAAUGGGAACUGUUGCACAGAACUGGAGAAAAAAUAGUCUCAAAUAGUUUAAUUGGCCUCUUAUUAAAUGUAACAAUUCUUAUGAAAAUCAUAGUGCCCUACUUACAGACAUAUCUGCCAGUUUAUGCAUUUCUCAGUAUCUCCAAGUGAAAAGUAUUUACAGCCCCACUUACUAUUAUGCAAAGUUAUGAAUAAAAUAUUUUUAUGACUACA